UCAGAUCUCUGUGAGAAGAGAAAUAUUUUACUAAAGGAAAAUUGGAGUUCAUUUCUCAACUAUCAAAUGACCAGAUAACAUUUGGUCUUGCCUCUCUCUGUGGUUGAUGAUGGACAAAAAAGUUAUUGGUUUAUGAAGAGCCACUGACUUGAUUGUACAACCAUCCCAACCAACCAACCACCACCACCACCACCACCACUACCACCUCAACCAUCACCUCCAUCAAAAGCCAUCCUGGUUCCUGAGCAGGUAUGUGCUUAUCUUGACUUCACUUUAUGGAUUAAUUUUCAUCAAUGUUUAUUAUCAUUUGAAAGGUGUAUAGAGGUUAACAAUUUAUAGAAAAAAUGCCAAGGUCAAAGAAGCGGUCGAGACAAAAGAAAAAUAAGUCAGCUAAAGCCAUGCUGCAUCUACCAUCAAGUGGACCGAAUUCACAUUUUGUUGUUGGAGAUGGAAGCCAAGCAAAAGUGGGACUUGAGGGUUGUCUUAUGGUGUUUUCGCCCCAAGAAUCUCCUGUUUAUGGUGGAGAUGAAUUGGUUGUAACUGUAGACAAUUUGAAUUUGCCCACUGAAGCUGAAUUCUUCAUCUUGUAUACUGGUUCAAAUGAGCGGCGUGUUACAAGAGCUCAGAGGAUCAACAGUGCAACAUUUCAAGCAAAUAUUCCCGAUCACAACUUGAAAGAGUUUGUAGACCUUGACUUCUUCUAUAGAUAUGAAAAAGAGGAGGUUUGUUACCAACGUGUGGCAAAUGGACAAUUCGAAUAUUGUUAUGAUUCAGCCCAUCAUCUGGCUCAGCAAUUACUGGAAUCUAAAGCAGACGAAGAAAGCUCUAAAUUAGCUGUAGGAAAUGAAGACCUUUCUACGUUGGAUGUUAGAUUAAGGAAAGCACUUGAAUACAUAGCCUCUACAGAAGGCUGGCCUUCUGACCACAGCAAACCUGAAGGAAAACCUGCAGCCUGUGCUAAUCUCCUUUUUUUUGCUGCUCACCAUGGUCUACCCCAAGUGAUAAGUCUAGUCCUCACAGAAGUAGGUACUGACGUUAUACAUAUUACCAAUUCAAAGGGAGAGACUCCAAGGGAAGUUGCCCUUAGUCAAGGGCACAAUCAUAUUGCUGAUCUAUUAAUAUCAAAUACCAGGACUUUGAUGAAGUCUGAGAGUAUGAAAUUUGAGCGCGAUGGUGUUGUUGUUCACAGAAACAGAAACGGAGCAAUUUCCAUAGCAACUACUAAUGUACACGAAGACACUGUCCGUGGCGAUAUGGAACUUCUAAAAUCAAUUGAAAUUGAUAUUGCAAAAGAAGAACAACUGGAUAUUGAAUGUGAUCAGGAAGAUGUCAUACAUCUUGGUAAGAGAGACAAUGAAGGUGAAGACAUACAACCAAGUGUUGAUAAAAAAAGUGGUGAUUCCUUUAAAAAUACUCCCAGCUUAGAUGAAAAUGAAGAAGAGAAGGAAAAAGCAGACAGUCUGAAAAGUACACCUGAGGAGGAGAAAAUUAGCGGUAAUAUAUUAUCAACUGAAGAUGAUGAUGCUGCAGCUAUUGACGUGAAUAUCAAUGACCAUUCCAUUAACACAGAAGCCACGAAGAGUGUCUCAGCUUUGGAUGUAAAUACAGGUAGUACAGCUGCUGCAGGUAAUGAAGUAGCUGAGAAAGAAUCAACAUUGCACGUAGAAGAAGAAGAUCAAGAUGCUCUUACGGAACAACUUGGUAGUGCUACUGAAGCAAGCACAUCAGUUGUUACAACAACAACAGCAACAGACAAAAUAAAAAGCAGUGAUGAGGUGUCUUCAUCGAAUAGCCAUUCUGAAAGUAUUAAUUGUGCUGAUACAGAGAAUGGAAAUACAGAGUUGUCAGCUGUUGUAGCUAACCAGGCAGGUGCUGUUGAUGAUUUUCUUGAGGAAGACUUAAGUAGCGAGGCUUCUGAUGAAAUUAUUGAUUUCUCAACUCAGGAAACUCCAGUCGCUGAAGUGACUACAACCAGUACCACAGAUGCAACUGCUAUAUCUGCGGAAACAACAGCUUGUAAUAACAGUGAUGGCAGUAUAUCUCCAACGAAAAGCACAGCUGAUUCUAAAAUCUUUGACUCUGGUGAUGUUAGUUCUGAAUGUACAACUUCUGUUCUAAAUGAUACAGAAUUAACCAUUUCAACAUCUAAUGAGCCUUCUCUUGUGCACGAGACACCUGCAAUUUCAGAACCAGCAGAUGUAGUGGAUGGCCUGGAAUUGAAUACUCCUGCAUUAACAGAUGUCUCCACCUCAAAAACUUGCUCUUCCCCCACUGAGCCAACUGAGCCUACUCUGAUGCUCAGCUCCUCUGGGACUGGAGCUGAGUCAUCCACUGUAAUGCCCAAUUUCUCUACUGAUGAGACUGAAAGUUCAACUGUGAUUUCUGAAUCUCCUGCUCUUGAAUCUGAGAGCAAUGAGAUCGUUUGUGACUCUCCUGAUAACGAGUUGGUGACCUCCAACACAAUGCCUGAAUCAUCUACUAGUGAGUCUGUUACUUCCACCACGUUGCCUGAUUCGUCUACUAGUGGGCCUCUGACCUCUACAACAACAAACCCUGACUCUUCUGUUAAUGAGGAUGUCACUUCUACCACAAUGCCUGAAUCUUCUCCUAGUGAGUCAGUAACUUCAAGCACGAUGCCUGACUCGGUUACUACUGAAUCGUUGACAUCUCCAGUGUCUGACUCUGCUGCAGUUGAGUCAGUAACUUCCAUCCCAGUGUCACAAGUCCCACCUGUUGAAACUGAGACCACUGUGUUGCCAGAAUCUGUGCCUGAGACUGAUGAUGUAUCAAACCCUCCUGUUACAACUUCUGAUACAGCUGCCACACAGUUGGAUACCACUUCUGCAUCUGAUGUUUCCACCACAGUGCCUCCUAUGUCCAGUGGUUCUAUUGAAGCCUCCUCUGUUUCUACAUCUCAAAUUCCUGACACAAAUCCUCAACCUUCCAUUACAACCUCUGACAACAUUGAUACUUUCUCCGAAGGAUUGUCUUCUGUUUCUGUUUCAACUCCUCCAGACUCGGAAAUAUAUUCACCAGCAGAUUCUACAACUACAGAUGCACCAAACACAGAGCCUAGCUCAGUCAUUACUGAGCCUACUUGCUCAGUCUGCCUGUCUGCUAAGUGUGAGUGUGAUCACCCAGAUAUUCUUCAGGUAUCUCACCAAACACCAACUGAAUCGGCAGUUCCAGAGAAGCAUGCUGCACCCAACACGGAAUCAAUAUCAGAGUCUGAAUCGAAUGCAGCACUGACUUCUGUGGAAAACUCCAGAGAAAAUUCAGAAGCAGCUAUCAGUUCUCAGCCACUGUCACCACUAUUUAAGAGCCAAACAACUCCAUCCCCACCUCCUUCUUCACCUUCACCUCCUCCUGUUCCUUCUACAGCUUCAGCUGCUCUUACUCCUCCUACUCCUCCCGUGUCAGCUCCGCCUCCGGAAGCUGUGCUUGGUGACUGUGGUUCUACUAACAAUACAUUUUCGAAAGCACAACAAGAAGCUGUCAGUUCAGAUUCACCUUUCCAGGAGUACGGUACUCAUAGGAUAUUGAAAGGCGAACCCCUGAGUAAUGGCCACACUAUCUCGUCUCUUCUCAAUAACAACUGUGAUCUUGGUUCUCUUGGGGUUUUGGACACAUUACUUGAAGAGCGAGAAACUAGUGAGGAGCCAGUGGAAAAAUCUCCAAUGGUUUUAACUUCCUGCUCAGACAAAACAGUACCAGUAUUUGCGGAGAGUAUAGAGGCUGUUCGCAGUAUCAGCCGUCACAUCCAGAAGUUGCGAAACCAUGGUUUAGGCUUAGGACAAAAUGUGAAGCCUGACAACCUUCAGCGGUAUCGUUCGUGCCCAAUCCUUGAUGCCCAAGACAGAUGUACUUCUCCAUCAGCUUCUGAAGAAUCAGUUCAUCACAGAUCAAUGCUGGACUUGGCCCCUGGGGUUGAACGGCAACCUGUCUACAGUGACGCUGUCUUCGCACCGGACCUGUCAGGAAAUUUAUUGAAUACCGGUCUGUAUAACGACUACGAAUCUGUCUGUGGUGCAGCGGACGGUAAUGAUUCUGGUGUCCGUAUCUGCAUCAAUGGAGUCACCGUGGGUAACUCAUCUGAGAAUUUGGCUGUGUCCACUGCGCCUACAACAGAAAGCAAUUUCACGUCUGCUGUAAGCGAACUAGUGAAAUCGACCGCUGAAUGUGUUCAUGGCACAGAAGGCCGAUUUAUUCCUGCUGCUGGCAGAGAUAAAGAGGAUUUUGAUCCUGGUCCUGUAAGUGCUGGAUAUGGGGAGCAUGUUGGCUCAGGGUCUCACAAAGAAAUCCGUGGCCAUCAGAGAACUCACUCAGAAAUCCCUAAAUCCCAUAGGAACCUAAGUUAUAUCCGGUCAACCAUGGCUUCAUCACUCAGUGGGAAAAGCCAUAGUUUGAAUAGCCUAACUGGAGCAGAGGAAUCUGAUGAAGACUCCUUUCACGAUGCCAGAGAGAACCCAACGCCAAGUCAAUCAAUGAUGAACUUAAGCACGAUGCCAUCAGAUGCCAUUCAGGGACACCAGAGGAGCGUCAGCUCCGGUGAUGCUUAUUCUUCUUAUGGUCAAUCUGCUAAUAAACGUCCACCAAGUUGGCCUUUAACUGCUAUGUUUGACUACCGAAAGAUUAUGGAAAACAACUCUGCAUCUAUGCCUUCUCCUGAGGCAGCAGAAUCCCCAGACUCUGUAUUUGCAUCUAAUUACCCUUUUCCUGCCACAGCUAGUGUGAACUUUGGUAAAUCCUCAUCAACAUCAUGUCUUCCUGCUGCCAGAGAUGGUUCCAAGGGGGUAAUACCACAGAUGAAAAGACAACACAAACAAUAUUUUACCCAAAAGCUUGAGGAUAAUGAAAAAUUUCGACGGCAACAGGAGUUUGAAGAAAUAGAUGAGGUUGCAGAAAUCAAUAAAGAAGCAGCAGAGCCUCGUAAAAACAGUGAUAAAAAGGAUUUUGGGAAGAAUUUCCACCCUAUGUUAAUUCCUAGCAGUUAUUCUAGCCUCAAAGAUGAUAAGGAUAAAGAUAAAACUGAAGAAAAGAAGAAAAAGUCAUCCAAUGUUCUAGCCAAAUUUGGGAGUACUCGGAAAAAAUUUAAGAAGGGAAAAGAUGGCAAAGAGAAAGAGAACAAACAUAAAAAUGCCCACCAGUUUGUGUCUCUCUCGAUAAGUAAUACUUCACUGUGUCAUGUAUGUAACAAGAGCAUGGCAAAUAAAGCAGCUGUCCAGUGUGAGAACUGUCUUAUCAAUGUUCAUGAAAGUUCCUGUAAAGAACAUAUUCCUCCUUGUUCAAAACUGAGCAAAUCCAAGGCAACACUUCAAGAAGGCAGCAAUCAUGGUCUUCGAGAGAAGCAGUAUCCAAGUGCUCCAGUCCAAUCUUCCAAAUGUUUGGAUAGUUCAAAACGAUCUUCUUCAGCCCCUGCCUGGUCACUGGAGGGAAAUCUCUCACAGACAUGGCCAGACCACAGAAUUUCUGAAGAAAGAGAAGAAUUUGGUAGCAAUCGUCCAGAAUCAAUGCAUUCAAACAUUGGUGAGACCAUUAGCGAGUCAAUGGAAUCCCUUGACGAGCCAGAUGGUUUGGAUCAGACAGUCUUGGAAAGUGACCCUUUCUUGUGUGUGGAAGAAAAUGAACCUGAAGCAUGGAGCAUCUCAGUUGACAAAAAGGUUGUCAAAAAGCUAAGUCAUAAAGAGGUGAAACGACAAGAUCAUAUUUAUGAAUUGGUACUAACAGAAAAGAAAUAUUGCCAAAAGUUAACUAUUAUGCAAAAGAUUAUCUGUGAUCGUCUUCACAGUGAAGCGGGAGUGACUCUCGAGUGUCUCAAUAUGAUGUUUCCAUGUUUGGAAGACCUCCUCGCCAUUCACGUGUGUUUCUUUAACAACUUGCAGCAGCUUCAGUCUCAGAAUAAAGACAAUAUUGUUGACGAGAUUGGGAAGACCUUAAUUGAUCAGUUUGAUGGAGAAAAUAGUGAGAGGAUUAAAAAUGUCUAUGGCUACUUUUGUUCACAUCAUAAAGAAUCUGCUACUGUCUACAAAGAUUUGAUAACUGAUCGCAGAGUUCUGUCUCUUGUUAAGCGAUGGUCAAGUAAUAGCUUGUUUGCGAAACGAGAAAUUCCUGAUUUUCUUCUCAUUGUUACUCAUCGUCUCACAAAAUAUCCAACAAUGAUUGAAAGUAUUGUUAAAAACACAAAAGAUAAAAAGGAACGUGAUAACUUGCUUCUAGCUUUAGAACAUAUCAAAGAAAUUUUAACGAAUGUGAAUUCUCAAGUUGAAGAAUAUGAACGUGCACAACACCUUGAAGAAAUUAUACAACGGAUUGAUCCCCGUUCUUCUGUGUCAUAUCGAGGAAGAAAAUUUAAGAGGUUAGAUUUAAGUGCUAAUUGUCGAAAGUUAAUUCAUGAGGGUGAGAUUGGUUGGAAAACAUCACGUGGUAAAGUAACUGAUGUAACAGCUCUGGUAUUAACUGAUCUCAUUGUUCUUAUGCAAGAAAAUAAUCAAAAAUAUACUUUCACAAUGCAAGAUAACAAGUCUUGUGUAAUUCCAUUAUAUGAACUGCUUGUUAGAGAAAAGGGAGAUACCAAAGACUGCAAAGGCAUCUAUUUGAUCUCGAAAAGACAAACGGCACCCGAAAUGUAUGAACUGGUUUGUAAAUCUACAGAAGACAUGAAAUCAUGGAUACAUCAUUUAAGUUACGCUGUGAGCCACUGUCCUCGAGAUGUUCCAGUGGAAGCUACACAAUCAUUUAAAAAAGCUGAAGAACAGAAAAUCAUGGAGAUUAGAAGACAACGAAUACGGCUAUUAUUUGAAACAAUGAAAUCCUUAGAUCAACAAAUAAUCAAAUGUUGUGAUGAUAAGAAGUGUCUUCUAGUUCAGUAUGCAGAGUUAUUGUCCCAUGAUGACGGAGCUCCCACCAUUGUUAGUUCCUCACCAAACACCUCUACGUUGUCAUCAGCUUCGACUAAUUUAGCUGAAGCUAUGGAAAAACAUCCUUUGAAAGACGAUGGACUAGAGAAUGAAUAUGUUCAGUAUGCCUUGAAAGAAAUUACCAAGCUAACAAAAGACUUACAGGAAAGCUGUGCGUGCUUAAUGUCUCCAGUAGGGGGCGGCACCGAGCACUUAGGCAGUAGUAUUAGCACACAUGCUGUGCCCAAACGGGCAGAAACAUUUGCUGGUUUUGACAGUGAUUUAAGGAAAGAUCCUGGUCAGAAACGUCCACAUUCUUAUGUGAACCAGGAGGGUCGCAGUGCCAGUAUGUUUAAUCUACAUGAAAGUGAUAGCUCUGGUUCUAAGGACUCCAUGAAAAUGAACAACCGAAAGAGCACAGGUUAUCUUCAAAGUUUGGUUCCUAAACAUCACACACUUGAUAGUACAGACACAAAUAAUCAACCAGUUAAUUUAGCAGGAAUGGCCUUAGUUAGCUGUAUUGAUCUACCGCCUGUCCCUUCAAAUCCAGAUACCUCAACUGUUUUGACACCACCACCAACUGCUUUAGAUCAGAAUACAGCACAAAUUUAUCAUUUUCUCCAUAGUUUCCUUCAAUUAUCAAGUCAACAGAAUACUACAAUUGAAGAUUUGAGAAUACAGUUGGCUGAAGCCAAAGAAACAAUUUGUAAGAUGAAUGCUGAGAAAUUAGAAAUAAACAAACAUUCCCAGUUAGAGGGCUUGCGCAACCUUAAGGAAGAGUUGAUGCGAGAACGUGAAGAAUUUGAACUGGAGAAGAAACGAAAUAGGGAAAAUCAGGAGAGAGAUUCUGUGCAACUUCAAAAAGAAAAGGAUGAUCUGAAGUUACAGCAAGAGGAAUUGCGCCGAGGACAAAUUGCUCUACAAAAGCAGAUUGAUUUGUUCAUGGAACGUCGAAGUGAUAGCGAAGGAAGAAGACAAUUGGACAGGACCGAAAAUCCUGAACAAUCAGGGUCUGAUGGUGACAAUUACCGUAGUUCAAUCCAACACAAACGCUCUGCUUCAGCAGAGCUUGUGUCUCAGUCUUCUGAGGAUUAUAAAGACUUAAAAGACUCAUCCAAACCAGUGCCUAAAACCUCUGUUGGUGGUAAUCUGGUUAAUGCUCCUGGCAAUAAGACAUGUGCUCCCCACUUAUUUAGUGCGACGAAUGAGCAACGAAGUGGAGAGAAAUUGCAACAGUUCCUUCCUUUAAAGCUUGCCGAUAACUCGUCUUCAUCAUUACCAAACUCUAAAGGUGCCUCACAGUCACAGCACCGCACGGGACUCGGCCGUUCGGUGUCAAGUUCCUCUUUUAGCACAGGGAAAGACCCCAGCAGUCUCAGUCAGGUGAUGAAACUCGCGGAGCCUUCCAGAUCUGCGCACAAAGACCGACCAACAAAUCAUCCAGCACCAGUUCAACCAAAGUCCGAACCCACAGAAACGGAUAUCAUUUAUUUUUGAUAUCAUUUGGGGUUUGUUUCUGAUAUAUUUUGCUGGGCAAAAUAUUGUUUUUUAUACGCCAUUGAACCCACUCUCUACUGACUUGUUUCACCAGCUAGUAGCACAGCAAUUUAACCAAUCUACUGGCUAACAUUGUGAUGGAUGCCGUACAUGACCACCACUGGAGGGACAGUCAUCUAACUUUGCUAAUUGGUUGGAUUUUAUACAAAAACUCUAGUUGAACACUAGAGAUUUAGAAACGAUCAUUAGAGACCAGUAGCAGCAAUAUGAUUUUUUUGAUGAAUUCACAUGUGAUAUGUUCUGAAAAUUACAAUUAAUGAAAGGAAAAAAAAAAUAUGGAAACAGAAGAAAUUUAGAAUUUCGAGGCAAAAUGCCGUUCAUUCAACGACUUUCAGAUCUUUUACAAAAAAGAAAAAAAAUUUUUUUGAAAAAAAAAAAAUGUCACUUCUAUAACUGAAGUGCAAAAGUUCUGCACUGUACAGUUCACUGCUUUUUGUGUAUGAGUGAGUGUAUGUCUUUUAGUAUAUGAGGGUACCUCAAAAUAUGGUUGCCUAAUGACAAGGCACAGUAUAGGGCAGUGUGUUUAGCUGGAAAUGGUAAGUGUGCUAACCAAAAAUGCCUGAGAGUAUUUACUUUAAUCCUAGAAAAUCUUAUUUGGAUUUCAUUCUUCUUGAGAAUGGUAAUGAGUAAUAUACUGCUACUGAGUCACUUCACUGUACUUCUCCUUUUGCAAAACCUGGCCAUUGGCCGCUAAGUCAAUAGAAAUCAGUUUUGAGGCACCCUGCAUAUAAAAGGAAGAGCAAGUAUAGACUAAGCAGUUUAGUGAAAGAUCCUUUGGUGAAUUGUUUCAGUGUAAGAAAGCUACUAACAGUGUAGCAUUCUGUGAUUGUGCUAGUUAUUAAUAUCUCAAUAUUUUAAUAGAAAACAAAAUAAUAAUAAUAAUAAUAAUUACGCUAAUAAUUAAAGCAACACCAGUGACAUCUAUAGUUUCAAUUUUUAAGAUUAACUAAAAAAAAAUGGAGAAAAUAAAAAUAUUUUUUUUUUUUUUAUGUAAUUUCAAUUCCCAUUUGAAAACUAGGGUAAAAAUGUAAACAAUAGAACAAGGAGAUAUAAUUUUGUUUUUCUUUCCAUACUUAUAAUAGCCUUCUCAGAUUGGUUACUUUGUUUGUUUUUUUUACCUGCUUAUGUAUAUUUUAAAUUAAAUCUGUCCUGUAAAUGAAAAAAAGGGCCAUUAGAUGAUACUAAGUUUCUGCUAACUUUCAUUAUAAAAAUGCUGAUAUUUUAUAGAAGUUACUUUUUAGCUUGUGAAUUUUUAGUGACAAUCCUUUAUUUAUUUGUAUAUUAAUUUUUAUUUUCUUAAUAUACAUUCACGUUCAUUCAUGUAUUUAAAGAACAACACAAACCGAUGCAUAAUAAAUUACAUAUAUGCAUUAAUUGUAUAUCAUUAAAAGGGUGUAUAUUUUUAUUACAUGCUAUUACUUUUUAUUAAGACAUUACAUGAAGACUAAUUAGACAGGCUACACUUUGAGAGUUAGCAAUUGUUAUCAAACCAAUUGGUUUAAAAAAUAACUUUGUUACCUUUUACAGAAAACGUUAAAUUUUCUGGUUAGAUCUAAAAAAGAAAAAAAUAGUUGUUUAAUAAUUUUCAAUAUUUCAAAUGGAAAAUUUGAUAAAAGACUCAAUAUUUUUUAUAGUCCAUGUAUCUGAACUGAUUCAUAGAUUGUUAACUGGUUGUUUUGUUAAUUAAUAAAUUUUAGCUAUAAUUAGUUCUCUGCAUUUAAAGAUCACUUCUUUGGAGAAGCUUCUCAAUGACUUUAAAAAAAAAUUUUUUUUUUUUUACCAGUGCCAACAUUUCUAGAUCAAUCUAUGGAUUUGAAAUAUCUAUAUCUUUUACCAUGACACUCACCUAUAAACAAAUCCAUAAAACCUGAGAAGUUUCUGCAUAUUGUUGAUUAUAAUUUUUGAAAAAACCCCAAAAAACAGAGAAAACAAAACACGCUGUGUUAAGUUUAAUAGCUGUAGAGUAAUUUUAGUUGAAUAAAAAUCUAAUUCUAAUUUCUGGUAUUAAGUAGCCAUAUUGCACAACUUAGACACAUAUCUUUAAAUAGAUGUGUAAUAGUAUUAUAAAAGCAGCUGAAAGACUGCAGUAUAUAUUUAUACUAGUUGCGACACCAAUAAUCCUCCGACUAUUGUAGAAUUGGCCAAAACUGCUCAGUGAAUUACCUCAUUCAGUUUUAACUUUCUAUCCCUUCCAUUUUCUUCUUUUCAUGUAGACAAUCCGUUUGCAUUCUCUCUUGAAGGAUCCUAAAACAAUAUUAAGUUAAAAUGAGAGAUGUAAUUUUGGUGGUUUGGAAUCUUGGUUACUAUAUUAACGAUUCUUAUCUGUUUUUAAGAGGGACAAAAUAUAGUCAUCUGUUCUUGGCAAUAUUCUAAAACUGCAGGUUCUAUUGUGUUUUUAUUCUCCUUUAUUUCAUGACAGUCUAUCUAAACGUGUAUGUGUAUAUACAUAUGCAUUGUAAUACAGAUAUACAUACACACAGCCACACAUACAUACAUUUUAUUAUAAUUUCCUACCUAAUGGAAGACAAGCAAAGUUGUAUAUUUUGUACAUAUAUAGAAUGGAAAAGCUGCUUUUUCCAUUUUCCUUCCCAAGAGAUAUAAAAAAAAAAAAAUGUUGAUGCAGUUUUUUAUCAUUGCCAGUUGGUGUGUGGGAAGAGAGAGAGGAGAGACAAAUAUCUUUACACCAGUAACAUCGGAGUCUCUGAUUCUCAAACUAUGUGUUUGUUAUUUCGAUCUCGGUUUCUUUAGUUUGAUAACUGAAUGUUUGGUUGAAUUAAUAAAAUAAUCAAGCAAACAACAACAA